GAAGUGAGCUGGUGAAGAUUCCGGAAGAAGGGAGAGAAUGCUGCGGCAGGACAGCAAUGACGAGACAGAAGACGUUUCCCUGUUUGAUGCUGAAGACGAAGGAACUAGGGCUGCAAAGAAGAAGAAGAUAAGGCACCCCAUCGCUUCCUUCUUCCAUCUGUUUUUUCGGAUCAGCGCAGUCCUGGUGUACAUGCUCUCUGGGUUUAGCAGCAGUUUCAUUGCCUGCAUGGUGACCAUCAUAUUACUCUUGUCCUGUGACUUCUGGGUUGUGAAGAACAUAACAGGGAGGCUGAUGGUGGGCCUGCGGUGGUGGAACCAGGUGGAUGAUGACGGGAAGAGUCAUUGGGUGUAUGAAUCCAGGAAGGCAGCUCAAGGAAAGAAAUCCAACUCCGAAGCAGAAUCCCGAAUCUUCUGGUUGGGGCUCAUCUCCUGCCCCAUCAUUUGGGUCAUCUUCGCCUUCAGCUCCCUCUUAUCCUUCAACUUGAAAUGGCUGGCUGUAGUUAUCAUGGGGGUAACACUGCAGGGGGCAAAUCUGUAUGGAUAUAUCAAGUGCAAAGUUGGAAGUCGCAAGAAUCUCGGCAGCAUCGCUACCAAUUACUUCGGCACCCAGUUCCUCAGACAGACCUUUUCCAGAGAGAACCCAGCAGAAUCUUGAACCCCGUUCCCUACCCGGAUUUUUCGCUGACAAAUAAUUGGGGAUGAGAAUUUUUGAGCAAAACGGAGAUCUGAAAUCUUCCUAUUAAUUUGUUUUUUUUUCUGCUGCUUUUUCUGAUUGCAGUUUGUAAGGUUCAUACUGGGGGGGGGUGGGGGUGUUGGACAAACCACGGACAAUGAGGGGGACCCGGCCUACUCCUGUGUGAUGGGCCGAAAAGAAAUUAACACUAAUCUGCUGCCCCGGCCUUAAUAAGUCACUGGGAACAUUUCAUCUGCUAAAAGCACAACUUCUGUUAUGUCUUUGUUCCUUGGCGCGGCGUGUAAAUAUGUAUUUAUGGGUACAGGGGGUGCAACACUUCAUUAUGGAGAGUGGGAAAUAAAGGCUAUUUCCUCA